UACAAUUGAACCUGUAUUGGAAGAAUUUGGCAUUAGUAGAAGUAAACUAGUAAGUAUCAUGACAGAUAAUGGUUCGAAUGUUAAGGCAGCUGUCACACAACUUCCAACUAAAAUUUCACCACCCAAGCCUGUUGUUAAUAUUUUUUGUGCAGCACAUACAUUACAAUUAAGUGUUAAUGUGGGCUUAGAUAAAGUACAUGAUCUAAUUAUAAAAUGUAAAGCAUUAAUUAGACUUUUGAGUAGAGAAAAAAAAUGUAAACAAUUACGAGAGGCACAAAUUAGUACUGACAAAAAAAAAACAGAAACUAUUAAUUGGAAUUCCACAUAUAUAGCACUAAAAAGACUUACAAAACUUGAAAGGUCAAUUAGGUGGUUAGUUAAUGAUUUUGAAAAUUCUACAAAUAUUGAGCAUCAGCAUGAUGGUAGUAAUAUUCGAGAAAAGUUACUUUCUAAUAAUGAGUUUCAAAUUAUACGUGAUUUUAUUGACCUUUUGCAUCUAUUUCACAAAGCUAUAGAGUUUCUUUCUGGUUCUAAUUACACUACUUUGAGUAUUAUGGUACCAACAAUAGAAGAGUUAAUUAAUCAUUUGAAUAAUAUGAAUAAUGAAUUUGAUAUUAUAAAUGAAGUGAAAAAUACCAUCCUUAAUAAUUUAAUAAGUCAUUGGUCAUCACCAUCUAAAUACAAAUUAUAUGCAUUCUUGCUUGAUCCCAGGUUUAAAAGAUUAUCUUUUUGUUCUAAUAUCAAUGAUCUGCUAGAUUGGUGGAGUAAGCAAAAAAAUCAAUUUCCUAUUCUUUCCAUUCUUGCAAGAAAGUAUCUUGCGAUUUCUGCCACUUCCAUUCCCUCUGAAUGGUUGUUUUCAGAUGCUGGCAACCAUGUUACUUCAAAACAAAAUCGAUUAGAUCCACAUUUUGUAGACAAAUUAUUGUUUUUAAAACAAAAUUUAAUAUAUGUAGAAAUUUUCCCCUAUUAA